AGUCAUAUGCUGUAGGCUAUUUUGUCAUUGGCUAAAUUGUUAAUCGUGUGCAUUACUGAAGAUUAUGGUAUAAAAGCAUUUGAUUUGUAACAUUCUGAACAUCCACAUACAGCACACACAUCUCCAAAACGCUUUAGCUAAAGCAUUAAGAAUGAAGUUAAGAGUAGCAGUUCUUCUGCUUCUGUACAAAUGUCUUGUAUUCGCUCCGAAUGUCAUAUUCGCGACAGAACCUGCCGACUCAGAAUCGACUUGUCCUUUGAAAAUAUGCACAGAUGUACUGAAGCAGCUACAAGAUCUGGAAAUCAGACUUGCUAAGAGUGAAGCUGAGAUUGAGGAGAUCAAAAAGGAAAAACGAGCUCCUCCCCUUCACCUCUGCCCUGGACAUCCGAUUGGCCAAACACAAGCUCCUCCCCUUCACCUCUGCCCUGGACAUCCGAUUGGCCACACACAAGACAGUGUUCCCAAGACCAGGAACGACUUCCUACAAUAUUCCCGACAGCUCACUCUGGAUCUGAACACAGUGAAUGAACACCUCCGUCUGUCUGAGGGGAACACAGUGAUUACUAACACUGGCAGAGUGCGUCAAUCGUAUCCUGAUCAUCCAGACAGAUUUGAUUUGUUUCGUCAGGUGUUGUGUAAUGAGAGUGUGAGUGAUCGACGCUCUUACUGGGAGAUUGAGUGGAGUGGAGAUUAUGUGUCUAUAUCAGUGUCAUAUAAGAGCAUCUGCAGGAAGGGAGGGAGUGAUGAGUGUCAGUUUGGAUAUAAUGAUCAUUCCUGGAGUUUGUUCUGCUCUUCCUCCAGUUACUCAUUCAGACACAAUAAGAUAGACACUGUUCUCCCUGUAAAGUCCAUCAGCAAUAGAAUAGGAGUAGAUGUGGAUCACAGUGCAGGAACUCUGUCCUUCUACAGCGUCUCUGGAGACACAAUGAGCCUCAUCCUCACAGUCCAGACCACAUUCACUCAACCGCUCUAUCCUGGGUUUAGGGUUGUAUUUCCUGGAUCGGUGAAACUGUGAUAAUGAAUCAGAACAGGCUGAUUCUACCCACAAUGCUUUGAGCUGAUGAUGAAUCAGUGACAGUGAGAUGAUAUAGAGUCUCUUCAUUACAUUAAUACUGUGACACUGAAAUAUCAUGUCAGAAUAAAUGUGUGUGAGACAGAUCAGUGUGUGUCUGUGCUUUUCUCAAUCUCUGUUAAUGGAAAUCAAUAUAAGAAGAGUGUAAGUUUGUUAUAUUUUAUUAUCAGUUAAUAUUUUUUUUUAUGGUUUUAAUUUUUGUUAACUAUAGUCAAAUUUUAUUUAAUAAUAUGUGUCAAAUGUGCUGUUGAAGAAAGUUUACAGUCAUACAGAAUUAAAUAGCAACUUAAAGUGUA